GGCGUUGCCAUGGAGGCGGCGGACGAGUGGCUGCUGCAGUCGCUGCGACUGUACCGCGACCUGCACACCUUCGAGCUCCAGGCGCCCACCCGCCUCAUCGAAUGGGCCCGCGGGGACCGUGUCUGUGUAGCCGGGUAUGGAGAGUCCGAUGGGAACGAGAUCCUGCAGCUGAUCCCACCGCCAACGCUGCUGACAAAGGAGACCCAGGGCCUGUGUCCAGAGAGAGAUUUCAAGGUCGAAUGUGGUGGAUUUUCAGAGCGCCCAGUGUACAGCCUGAAAUACGUGCCAGACACCAGCUUGCUGGUGACAAGUGGCCCACCCGACAGCUCCCUCCAGGUCUGGCAGGUGUCAGCAGAGGACUCUGAUGUUAUUAAAUCUGUAAGCACCAUAGCAACAGAAAAUGGCACUGGGCAGUCCUGGGCUAAAAUUGACACCAUUUCAGCCAGAGCCCCAUGGGUCCUUCAUGGUUCAAGACUUGACAGAGUCCAAAUUACAGAGGUUGAAUCAAGGAAAAAUGUCUACACAGCAGGUAUUCAAGCUCCCCAAGGCAGCGAGGAGCUGAGCAGCCUGGCCUUCCUGGACUGCAACCUGCUGCUGCUGUGCAGUGCCACGGGCCGGCUGUGCCUGGCCGACACGCGGCAGCCGCAGGGCCUCACGGAGGCCGUGCCAGCGCCCUCGGUGCCCAGCAGUGAGCACUGGUGCAUGGGCACCCCGCAUGCAGCCCAGGGCUCCCAGCCCAGCUCCCAGCCCGUGGCUCGCCUCUCGAGCAGGGGGCUGCUGGCCCUGACAGACCUCAGGAAAACCUCGGAGUUCUUGGCUGUGGCAAAGGCCAGAGUCCCCUCUCCCGGCUCAGGUGCGGAGUUCCUGUGCGUCUCCUGGGCUCCUGCUCUGGAAGGCUACCUUGCCGUUUCAGGUUUUGAUGGCACCGUGCAUGUGUAUGACACACAGAGCUGGGACAGCUCUGGCAGGGAAGCAGAGCCCAUCUUCGUUCACAAAGGCCACAUAUUUGGUGGAGCAGGUGGCAGCAGGGACCCUCCCCUGGUCACUGUGCACACGUGGCAUCUGCAGAAACCCAGAACUUUGUUGUCAGCAGCGAGUGAUGGUUCCUUGCACGUCUGGGACUGGGUUCAGCCCUGUGGGACGUGUGGGUAGGUGGUGUUUUGGUGAGAUGGGGCAUUUCCUGCCUCUGCUGUAGUUUGUGUGGGCUGCAGUGUGUGUGUGUUUGCCUGCAGAUACUGUUUGGAGACUGUUGCAGUGAGCAGAACAACUGUAAAUUUUCUAUUUUAAUAAUAGUAAAAAUUUUUGCCUGUGUUAUUUGUUCUCC